UUUCGCUGAAGAACACUGACUCAUAUUAAGCCCCUUAGCGUAUUUUGAAAGCUAUGCGGAGGCAGCAAGUUAUAGACUGUUUGUUUAUUCUGGCUACUUUUGUUGAGAGAAAGUCAAACUGCCUAACUUAAGACAUCAUUUGGGGAACCUUUUUUUCUCUGUGUCCAUCACAUUUUUAAUGAAGAUCAAGUGAAGAAAUUUCCGGAUUUUCAAUGAAUCCAUUUUGGUUUAAUGUUUUCUUGUGCAGUUUGACAGUCUUUGCUUGCCCGGCUUUCCUACAUGCAACUGAAUGUCGUUGACGUAGUUGAUUUUCAUUGGUCAGUUUGCCUUGCUACGGUGCAUACAGCAUUAUUGAUGGAUGACAAUGACAGAGUGGAAGAAUGCUGGUAAAAAAUAUCAAGUUAACAACCUGUGCAAGUUUUGUGAUGUGUUGUCAACAACAUGCGACAACUCGGGGGACUGCAAAAGCAACUGCAACAUAACCUCUAUCUGUGAGAAGCCGGAAGAAGUCUGCGUGUCCAUUUGGAGGAGGAAUGAUGAAAACACGACUGAGGAAACGCUCUGCCACGACCCGGCAAAUAAAUUAUACAACUUUAUCCUGGACGACUACAAUGCCACAGAAUGUGUGAUGAAGGAGAAGAAGGUGUUGGGCAUGUUGUUUUAUAUGUGCUCCUGCAGACAGAAAGAAGAGUGCAAUAACGUGUUCAUAUUCCCUCCUGUGGAGACCACGCCAAAGGUGCCAGUGAUUUCGCAGGUCAUGUUGAUAUGCCUCAUGCCUCCCCUGUUCAUCGCCAUCUCUGUGGUCAUCACCUUCUACUUCUACCGGGUCCAGCGUCAGAAGAGGCUGAACAAAGAAUGGGAGAAGAAGAAGAAGAAGAAGAGGACGCACGGGCAGCUGGACUGCGGCGAAGGCUGCGCCAUUAUGAUCGACGAUGACCGCUCUGACAUCAGCUCUACCUGCGCCAACAACAUCAACCACAACAUGGAGCUGCUGCCCAUCGAGCUGGACAUGCAGGUGGGCAAGGGCCGUUUCGCAGAGGUCUACAAGGCCAAGCUGAAGCAGAGCACCUCGGAGCAGUUCGAGACGGUGGCCGUCAAGAUCUUCCCGGUCGAGGAGUACGCCUCCUGGAAGAACGAGAAGGACAUCUUCUCAGACAUUAACCUUAAGCACGAGAAUGUGCUGCACUUCCUCACUGCAGAGGACCGCAAAGCAGAAAAGCAGUACUGGCUCAUCACCGCCUACCACUCCCAGGGCAACCUCCAGGAGUACCUCACCAAGCACAUUAUCAGCUGGGAGGACCUCUGGCUGCUGGGAGGGUCCCUUGCCAGAGGGUUGGCUCACCUGCACAGCGAUCAUACUCCCUGCGGACGCCCCAAGGUCGCCAUUGUCCAUCGGGACCUGAAAAGCUCCAACAUCCUGGUGAAGAAUGACUUGACCUGCUGCCUGUGUGACUUCGGACUGGGACUCAGACUCGACCCUCUGCUCUCGGUGGAUGAUCUAGCCAACAGCGGACAGGUUGGCACAGCCAGAUACAUGGCCCCUGAAAUUCUGGAAUCCAGAAUGAAUUUAGAAAACACGGAGUCGUUUAAGCAGACUGAUGUCUACUCCAUGGCCCUGGUUCUGUGGGAAAUGACCUCGCGCUGCAGUGCCCAUGGAGAUGUGAAAGACUAUGACCCUCCUUUCGGCACUAAAGUACGAGAGCACCCCUGCAUAGAAAGUAUGAAGGACAAUGUCCUGAGAGACAGAGGGCGUCCCGAGAUCCCCAGCAGCUGGCUUAAUCACCAGGGCUUGCAGCUGGUGUGUGCCAUCAUCGAUGAGUGCUGGGAUCACGACCCCGAGGCCCGUCUGACUGCCCAGUGUGUAGCCGAGCGCUUCAACGAGAUGGAGCAGAUGGACAAGCUGUCCGAGAGAAGCAGCUCGGAGGAGAAGAUCCCAGAGGACUGUUCUGUGAGCGAUGGGAAGUAGGAAAUAAAGUGGACAACCACCAGAGGGCAAAAAAAAAAAAAACCAGGAGGAAAAGGAAAAAAGCAAAAAAAAAAAACAAUGAAGUGAUCCUUUAACAGUUCUACUUGGACUUCGCACAUCUCUUCCUGGGACAGUCCACCCUGUUCCUGUUCCGCUUACUCUGUGGGGAAGGAAAGGAGAAGCACAGGAUGGGGGAUUGUGUUUCUAUUUGCAUAACUUCGCCGUAAAGGAAGAAGUGGAAUCAGCAGGGCUAAAGGAUAUAAGCUUUUGUUGUAACCAUUGACAUUUGCACUUUAUAAGUAUAUGCAUCAGAUUAUUUUGUAUUCAUGCUAAAAAGUUAUACUCUGCCUUCACAGCAAAUAACAAGGAAAUAUAGACUGUGAUUACAGACAAAAUUCAUCAAUUUUUAAGACAUUAUUGACAUUUUUAUGGUGUAAAAAUAGUGGUGGGGGAGGGGGGUCAUUUUAUAUUAUAUCCUUCAAGGUUAAUCUACAUUUAAACAUAAGCCUAACAUGUUUUAAAAUUCAGAAAAUUCUGCACACGUGUCUGAGGAAGAUAAGAAGCAAGCCAUGUUCUGAAAAUGGAAUAAUGAGGGUUGGUGUCCCUUCUCUGGGUUGCCACGCUGUGUUAUUUCACCUAGGAGAAUCAUAAGAAAGGUUACAAAUGAGAGGAGGCCAUUCGGCCCAUUUUGCUCAUUUGGUUGUUAGUAGCUUAUUGAUCCCAAAAUCUCAUCAAACAGCUUCUUGAGGGAUCCCAGGGUGUCAGCUUCAACAACAUUACUGGGGAGUUGGUUCCAGACUCCCACAAUUCUCUGUGUAAAAAAUAAAUGCCUCCUAUUUUCUGUUUUGAAUGUCCCUUUAUCUAAUCUCCAUUUGUGACCCCUUGGUCCUUGUUUCUUUUUUGAGGUCCCUGGGUCGACAUUGUCAGUACCUUUUAGAAUUUUAAAAGUUUGAAUCAGAUUGCCACGUACUCUUCUUUGUUCAAGACUGAAUAGAUUAAAUUCUUUUAGCCUGUCUGCAUAUGAUAUGCCUUUUAAACCAGGACUCAUUCUGGUCACUCUUCUUUGCACAGAAAGAAGAAAAAACAAAAACAUUUGCCUCUAUUAUUAUCCUGUGUUUACAAUAAAGAUAUAUUGUUGUGUUUUUU